GGACGAGUUGCUAUCAAGAAAAGCGGAGAAAAGCGAUCCGAGACGCUGAAAGGGGAUGCUUUGGGAGAAGACGGAGGAAAAGGGUUUCAGUGGAGUAAUGUACAGGCUGUUUUGGGGAGACGAAUGGUUCGCCGAGGAGGGUGGCUAAUUUCUCUCCACCACCGAUUUCUUUGCCUUUUCAAAACGCGGCUGACGUUAGAGAACUAAUGGGAGCUGGAUCCAGUGUGGAAGCUCUCUUUUUUGCCCCUGUCUAUCAUCAAUCGUCGGAUGGAGAUAUAAGGGGAUGAAGGGCUAGUAAGGGGGAAGCGAGAUUGACAACCCCUAAAGGGGUUGUCACGCUAUCCGGCCCCACCAAUCGAUUGUUUAUUAUAGACGAGCUAGUAACAACACAAAGUUCUGUAGCAUUACUGGUAUGUUUGAAAAGAAAGGGGGCCGAAAAGUAAUAAGGCUCCGGAUGACGUGUCAGCUUGCGAUUGCUUAAUACACGUGUGAUCACGUGGGCCCGGAAUGACUUAGAAAUGGACACCUAAUCUAACGACCGGAAACCGUGUGCCCUCAGGCCACCGUUUCCGAUUGACGGCACGGCACAGAAUUCCCCCAUCCACCCCCCGCCAAAUCCAUCUUCCGCUAAAAAACACUCCCCGUCCAUGACCGUCUCCGGCGAUCUUCCAUCCCCGGCCGUCAUGACGUCCGUCUCUACACCGCCGCUGCUCAACGGCGAGAGGGCCGUGGUUGUGCUGUUCAUCGCCUGCAUCAUGUUCUCUCUCCCGCCGUCUCUUCUCCUUCCCGGCGGAUUUCUGUCGUUCCUUUCCUUCUUCGCUCUCUGCGUCGAGAUCCGUGGCGAGAGCUCCGGUUCGCUCUCUCAUCUCAAGACUAGAACUGGUGCUUCAUCAGGGAUAUUGCUUGGUGCAGUUACAUUGCCUGCACUUAUGCUCUCCAGGCUGAUACAGAUUUCGCGUGCAUUGUCACUUGACGAGAUUGAGCUUCGAGAAGUUGAUUAUCUACAGAUGCAAUACUGGGCCGCUUCAGUUAGCUGCUUUGCUGUGUUGAUCUUCCUCUCUUUAGUCAUAUGGGCUACACCGGAAAGUUCACGCUCCCAUUCAUGCAGAGUACUAUUAUCUGCUAAGUUCCUAAUCGGAUGCAUGGUUUUGUUUGCAGCAUUUUACAAUAUCUUCCCUACCGACAUGCACAUGACUACAAAAUUGAUGUGGGUGCUGUUUCAUGGACUUGCCACUGUGAAACUAAUGCAGCAUUUACUCGAGACAUUUCCAUCAUGUGCUUCCAUUGGGGAGACUCUUUUGGUGACGGCAGGACUUGUUCUCUACUUUGGCGAUGUAUCGGCAUGCACUAUUGCAAAGCUUCAUGGAUAUUGCAGCUCUUCCGAGUUGGCAUUUGUGCGAUAUGGAACUAGAAAAAAUGAGAUUAGUACUGUCAUUCAGGGACUGCUUCUUGGCCUUCUUCUGUUUCCAGUUGCUUUUAAAUUUCUGCUUCACGCACUAGAUUCCUUUCCAAGUGUGGCAAGCUCAGGCACAAGGAUAGAAAAUGAGAGAAGAAGAUCUCUCAUUUUCUUUGUUUCAUUCGGGUUAGUCAUGAUCGUGGUCAUGCCAUUGUGGAUGCAGUUUGUACAGGACUUUCAGAAACACCCACUUUUAUGGAUGGUCGCUUUUGUUUUCUCUGAACCGGCUAAAAGACUAUCCCUAUGUAUAUAUUGGGUGUGCUUGAUGUACGUCUCUGUGAGGCGUUUCUACUACAUAUCAAAGAACAGUAAGACUGAGCGGAUUCUUCUUCGGAAGUACUACCAUCUGAUGGCUGUUUCUAUGUUUGUCCCCGCAGUCGUCUUCCAGCCAAAGUUUCUUGAUUUAGCCUUUGGGGCAGCCUUGGCAGUCUUCUUGACAUUGGAGAUUAUUCGAGUAUGGAGAAUUUGGCCACUGGGGCAACUUGUUCACCAGUUUAUGAAUGCUUUCACUGACCACCGUGAUUCUGAGCUUCUCAUUGUCAGCCACUUCUCGCUCUUACUGGGAUGUGCACUUCCGAUUUGGUUGUCCUCUGGGUAUAAUGAUCGCCCCCUUGCUCCUUUUGCUGGAAUUUUGAGCCUUGGAAUCGGAGAUACAAUGGCAUCCAUGGUUGGGCACAAAUAUGGUGUUCUGAGGUGGAGCAAAACUGGAAAGAAAACUAUUGAAGGCACUGCAGCUGGCAUAACUUCUGUUUUGGCUGCGUGCUCUGUAUUGCUGCCUGUUUUAGCAUCCGCUGGAUAUAUCUUCACACAGCACUGGCUCCAUCUUUUUCUGGCAGUUGUAGUCAGCGGGUUACUUGAGGCCUACACAGCACAACUUGACAAUGCUUUCAUACCUCUGGUUUUCUACAGCCUCCUGUGUCUGUAAAACCCCCACACAUUGAUUCGAAUCUGCAGGCUUCCUUCCCACUGCUCACGAUAGUCAAGCUUCCUGGUCCAAAUUGGCGCGACGUUCAUUAUACUGAAUAUCAGAUAACCAGGAAAAAGUGACAUGCCAGAAACCAGAAACAGGAAGGAGCAAGUUCUUCUGACCAAGUCAUAGAUCGACAACCUAACUUUUACAACUAACCCGUUAACAGAAGAGGCAAGGUCCUUACUUACAUCUGCAUGAAAUGUAGAAGAAUUCAGGGAAGCUAUAUUGAUUUUGUGAUAGAAGGUUCUUGGUUUCUUCUCUCAUUCAUCUUUGUCAUCCUGUAAAUCCAGUUCAAUAUAUGAAUACCAUCUUGCUAGUUGCUACACAUAUGCACAUUCGAAUUUUCGUAUUAAGUUCGUCGGGCUUCAGGCAUGCACCACCACCUGCGAUCCAAUUUUCUUGUGGACCUUCUUGUUCUUGCUAGGUCACAUCAGUCAAAGACUUUGGACGACUAUCCCAUUCAACACGGCAGAGGAAUAUACCGAUCUGCGGCGGAAAUGAGAUCUGGUGUGGAGAGCAAGUACGGCUGUGAGGCCAUAUGUAGAAACUAGAAAUAUCCCGCCGGUCGGGGGAGACAAAAAGGUGAGGACAAGCUUCAGGCCAUAAAAAUUUCAACACGUAAAACAUGGAUUGUGUGGCAGAUAAUAAUUAGGAAGAACAUUGUGUUCCCCAUCUCCUCUGUUUCGUUUCAAAAAGAUCUAUGAAUGUUGCAGUGCAGUAUAGUUGCAGCUGAACAGAGGUGAGAACAGGGUUACAGGGACAUGUAAUGCUUUCAUUGAUGGCCUGAUAAAUGAGUAUUUAUCAUGUUAUAUUGCCCCAGCAACUCUUCAAACAUUCUCCUUAUAUCACUGGGACUGGGAGUCUAUUUUGUCUUAUUGUUUCUUUCCUUUCCUGUUGCAUUUUCUUCCUUUGUCUCCAUUUACAUGAGGAUUUUCGUAUGUUGCACAUGACCCAUAUUUUUUGUGUCCUUGUUGGUAUUUCUCCAAAUGUUGCAUAUGGCUCAUAUUUUUUAAAUCAAUAAAAUACUUCAAACUUAUAAGAAGAUAUUACUUUGAUGAGCUUAUGUUAGCGAUUUUGCAGUCAACCACUACCAAAUUCAAUCAAAUCGUACCAAACCAUUAUAUUUAUUGGUCAAACACUAACCAUGACAAUGUAGUUUGUACUUGAUGAACAUAUAUUUGAUAUUUAUAAUUAUGAUUAAGCGCAAAUUUUUUUUAUGCGAAUUACGAUUAAGCACCACCGCACCAACAUCCACCCCUACCUAAACAUUCAUGAUUCAUCAUACCUUUUCUUGUUUAACCAUAUAUGCUAAAAUUCUCUGCCGCUCUUUAACUCCUCUUUAUCCCCCACAGUUUUCAACCCUUCUCAUUUGAUCAGAGUGUAAAAUACAAGCAUUCCAGCCCUCUCCUUCACCUUGAAGCAGCAGCAGGUCUUUGUUCACCUCGAAACCCGUUAUUGUCGAAUAAUUGUUACCUAAUCUACAACAAUAAAAACAGUUCACUUGUUAAUAUUCCCUCCCUCACCCAAGUGGUAAAAAAAUAAAUGUAAUUUCAUCCGUAGUACUGGCUUCGAACAUCAAGAAGAAAGUACAGAGGAAGUUCUGUUCACUUCCAUUUUCGUUUCCUGAAUUCUGUUUUCAUGUCAUAAAUUUGGCAAUCGAAACGAGAAAAUUUGUUUACUUUUCAUUCUGUUUUCUAUUCGUUUCCAACUAUGAAAACAAAAAGUGGCAACUUCCUGCCGUUUUCGGAAACGACAAAAUGUUAUUUUCACCUGUUUUCAACAUACAUUUUUCUAAAAAACAGGAAACAGAACUGAAAGUAAACAAAGGUUUCAAAGACAC